AUGAAACCCAAUAAGAAAAAACCCAGAAUACGCAAUAGGCCACGGAAUAAAGCCAAUCGUUUAUUGGCUUCACAAGAACAGCAACAACAACAGGAUGAAGAAGAUCAAAUGCCCUCGGAGGAGAUCCAAGAAACGGUAGAAAAUUCAAAUUUACCAACAGAAGGUGUUAGUGAUGAUGAUGAUAUGCCCGAUUUGGAAGAUGAUAGUAAACCACCUGAAAUGCCUAGUGCGGAACCGGAUGCUGUAACAACAUUAACACGUAUAAUGCACGAGAAAAUAUUAAAAACUCCUGAUAAGAAUUCUAAAACCCCAACAACAACUGAUAAACCGGUAACCGAAACGACACCGGAAACAUCAUCACCGGCAGAUCAAAAUCCCAAAGGAAAUCAAAAAGCGAAAGAGAAAGUUAAAGAGAAUGUAGCCGAAGCUAAAACCGAGAAAAAUGCAUUUAUACAGAAUCUACAAAAGAAAAUGGAAGCAAUGAUGUCUGAUGGCGAUGAAAAUCUACCAAAUACCUUAAUGGAAAAUCUUAAAAAGCUAUUAGAUCAAAAACCAAUGACUGAUAUUGAAUCUAGCGACGAUGAAGAGGAAUAUGUUGAAUACAUUUAUAAACCAAGAAAAUAUUUUCUUGUCGGUCUAUGCAAUCUUUGUAAAUGUGAUUUAUGCAAAAUAGAGCAAUUGAUUGAAUGUUCAAAAUGCCGUAUGACUUAUUAUUGUAACAUCGAUCACAUGCAAAAUGAUGUGGAACAUCGACAAUUAUGUUCAGCACUACAGCAGGUGGCAGCCAAUGUUGAUGGUGGUCACAUUUUCAGCAAAUGCUCCGAUAUGUCACCCGAUCAAUUUCGUUCUUAUCGCAUUAUUAUGAUACGAAAAGUGUCGGAAAUUUUACAGAGACCUUUAACGGCCACCGAACAGGAAGUUAUACUGUUUCCACGUCUGUGUAUCAAUGGCAAAUGUCGUAAAUAUGAAGCAUUAACAGAUUGUCCCAAUUGUGGCAUGGUGGCAUAUUGUUCGGAACCAUUGCAUCUGGUUAGCGAACAUGAAAAGUGGUGUAAAUUCUAUCAACUUUUUAAGGAGUUGGUAAUGCAACAGGAGAAAUUUGGACGUUUAGAUCCAUCGCUGCCAAGUAAAAUAUUAAAGGAUACACCUUUGGUAUGCAACACCACCAGGGAGAUUUUCAAAAAAUUAAAUAUGGAUUUACCCGAAAACAGUUGUGAAUAUGCGGCCUUAACACAGAUUUCAACGGCUCCUCUAACCGCUUGGUAUGCUCUAAAAUUAACACAACAACUGAAUAGGCUUGAGGAACUUACAAUACACUUGAUAGGUGCUGAAAUUGAGUUUGAAGUUGAUAUUUUACACAAAUGGGAAUUGUUUUUCUUGCACAUUACACCGAUGGUAAAAACGUUAAAUGUGGUAUUUGUGGGGCCUGAAUUAAAUCCCAAUAAUAUAUCUUUUGAACAACUACAGAAAACAAAGUGCUGUAAAGUGUGCCAAAAAAAUCAACGCACAGUAAAAUAUUUCUUUGAGGCAAAUAUCUAUCACGAUUACUGUCGUUCCAAAAGAUUUUUAAACCCGAAUUUAAUUUGUUUCUUUAAUGCUGGCCUAUAUCGUUCCACUGGCUUCAACAUGGAAGACACCUGGCCCGAAACAAUAAACGCCGCCGCUAACCUCAAUGUGCCCAUAGUUGUUACCGCCUAUACCGAGUAUGAAUCCCCAUUGGAUUUAGAACGGUUCCUGGAGGAGGGUGGUCGUGAAAUGAAAAUGUUGGAAAAACCUUCGGAAAAUCUAUUUUCUUCUGUUAAGCCCGAAAGAAAUUUCAUAUCGGACGAUGAGGCCCCAUUUAUGUUUAAGAAUUACUACAGCUUUGUUUUACGAUAA